AUGAACGGAGUGACGUCGUUAGAAAUGGAUAGAUUGAGGGACACAAAGGAACGGACUCACACAGGGGAGAAACCAUUUAAAUGCAUGGAGUGUGGAAAAAGCUUCAGUUUCAAUGCAACCCUCCGAAGACAUCAACAGACUCACAAAGGAGAGAAACCAUAUAAAUGUAAGGAGUGUGGAAAGAGUUUCAGUCAGAGUGGACACCUCAAUAUACAUCAACGGACUCACACGGGUGAAAAACCAUAUAAAUGUAUGGAGUGUGGGAAGAGAUAUAGUGAUAAUGGACAACUUAGAACACAUCAACGGAUUCACACAGGGGAGAAACCAUUUAAAUGCAUGGAUUGCGAAAAAAGCUUUAGUGAUAAUGGAUCCUUUAGGAAACAUCAACGGACUCACACAGGGGAGAAACCAUAUAAAUGUAUGGAGUGCGGGAAGAGUUUUAGUGAUAGUGGAUCCCUUAUAAAACAUCAACGGACUCACACAGGGGAGAAACCAUAUAAAUGUAUAGAGUGCGGGAAGAGUUUUAGUGUUAGUGGAUCCCUUAGAAAACAUCAACGGACUCACACAGGGGAGAAACCAUAUAAAUGCAUGGAGUGUGGAAAGAGCUUUAGUGAUAAUGGAUCCCUUAGAACACAUCAACCGACUCACAGGGGAGAAACCAUUUAAAUGCCUGGAGUGUGGAAAGAGCUUCAGUUUCAAUGCAACCCUUAGAAGACAUCAACAGACUCACACAGGUGAAAAACCAUAUAAAUGUAUGGAGUGUGGAAAGAUCUUCGAUCAGAGUGGAAAUCUUAGAAAACAUCAGCAGACUUACUUUGGAGAAACCAUUUUACUGUAUGGCGUGUGGAAAGAGCUGCAGGCAGAGUGGAAUGCUUGAUUUUCAUCAACAAACUCACACAAGAGACAAACCAUAUAAAUGUCAGCAAAGGCGAUAAGAGUUUCAGUCCUAGUGGAACAUCAACAGACAUGCACAGUAAGAACUUUAAUAGUUGCCACCCUACAAACCAACAACAACCUUAAAGAGGAGAAGCAGUUUAAAUGGAAGGAUUACAGAAAGUGCUUUAGUUAUAAUGGAGUGUUUAGGAAACAUCUAGGGAGUCUCACAAGGGAGAACCCAUUUAGAUGUAUGGAGCGCGGGACAUGUUCCACUCAGAGGAAAUCUGUCUUCCUGCUACAGGGCCAGCUGAGUCUGUUUCUCUUGUCAUUAUCUCCAACUAGGUAACUCCUGUCUAAUCUGCUCUCUGUCUGCGUCUCUCCCUGCUUCUGAGACCACUGGAAACGAGGGGGGGCCGUUUCUCCCCCUCCAGCUCCACUUCUGAGGAAAGCUAAUCUGCUUGAGAAUGGAUUCCCCCAUAUUUGGCUUCAGACCAUUCCCUGACAAAACACAUUGCUCUAUGUCCUUCCAGCCUCUUUCCUCCCUUGCUCCCUUCUGCCGGUUUGUGUGCCAGACUUAGAUUUCCUGUCUGCUAAAAUUUUUUACUGCUGAAAGUGGAUCUGCUCUCAGGAGCUAAGUUUUUUGCCUCACUGGGGACCCAGUGGG